AUGGCGGGAGUUGUAGUCCGCGAACGAGACAAGAUGGCGGACUGCCUGGAGCGGGUGCGGGUGUCAGAGGCUGAGCUGAGAGAACUGGCCCGCAAUCUCGGCACGGCAGCGGGGACCCGCGAGGACGUUUCCACUAAAGAGCCACGAUUGAGGAAGGACAACCGCCGGCCCGAUAUUCAAAUUUACCAGCCUGGUGUUUCCAAGCUGAGAACCAACAAGCAGAGAGCCACACAGCUUGAAAAGGAGGAAGGAGAUAUUGGGGGUCAUAAGGAAGGCCCUUUAAAGUCUGUGCCUAAGAGGUCCAGUCCUUUAGCUGGUGAAAGCCAAGGUAAUGGUGGAAAUAAACAGGGAUGCAUGAACAAGAAUGGUCAGCUGGAUCGAAACGAAGAGGAUGAUUUUAAGUAUACCGAUGAGUCAACUGUUGCAAGUUCUAACUCCAGUGAUGUUGGAAAGCAGUUAAAAAGGAUCAAGAAACCUGAUCGCCAGAUCUACCAACCAAACAGACGGGUGCAAGGGUUCAGUAGGGAAUCACCCAGUGCCAUGGGCAAUGAAGAACUGGUGAAGAAGGUUGAGGAGCUGAGGCUGGCAGAUUACAGUAAGGAUGCCUGUCCCGAGGAGCAGAUUAUUGAGAUUGUUGAAGAAAAAGAUAACCUGGAAGACCAAGAGAAAAUUCAGCUAAUUUCACCGGCGAAACCUGGAAAAAGGGAGAAAGGGAGGAGGGGGGGGAGGGAGGACGGUGCAGGUCGGGCAAAUAACUAUGCAGAAGAACCUGAAGACGGUCAAGUCAAUCGCUUGCAGGCACGAGCAGAGAGAGCCGGCGGGCUGUCGAAGCGCUACUCCAGGUCUGACAAGCGCAGGGGCCGUAACCGGACGUGCAGCGUGAGCUCUGCAGGAAGCAACAACAGCCUCGAAGGACCUCCGUGCCAGCACCGGCCUGCUGACGUGGAAAGGAAGAGAGGAGCGGGGAAGGAAAAGAAAACUACAGGUGAGCGGAAAGAAAGGUUGAGAUCUUCCAAACAGGUUUCAAUCUCUUCCACAGAUUCUUUGGAGGAUGACUGUGCUGAGGAGACCAGAAACCAUGCACCUGAAAAGCGUAAAGGUUACGAGAAAGAGCGAGCAUUUGUCAGAAGUGCGGACUGCAGGAACAGGGAGAACAAGUCCUCGCAAAGGGUUAUGUUUGACAAUGAGACGGGCAGCAGAAUGACCAUUGCAUCCAGGCCAAACUCUGAGGAAAAGAACAAAGGGAGAGGCAAAGGCGGCCGGGUGGUGAACAAACCUGGCCUGUCGGGCAAACUCGGUCUGAACACGGAGAGAAGGGAUAAAGUGGAAGAACCCAAAGGGAAGGGCCGGGGUAUUUUGAUCCUGCCCGCCAACACCGAUCUGUCAUCCACAGUCCCUGGCUCUCCUGAUUCCCCACAGGUGGGGCUAAGACUUCUGUUUGGUCGAGGUUCCCGAAGCCGGGGCCGUGGUGGGACAUCCCGGAGGCUCUGGGAUCCCAACAAUCCCGACCAAAAACCUGCACUGAAGAGCCAGACUGCCCAAUUGCAUUUCUUGGACACUGAUGAUGAGUGUAGUUCAUCCUCCCAGGGAGAGACCUACUCUUCCUACACACACCCAACGCCCACGGCGUACUACAAGUUCCAAAACUCGGACAAUCCCUACGGUUACUCCAGGGCUGCCGUGACUGGCCCCCAGUAUUCAUAUGGGGCCUACACUAUGCCCUACCAGAUAGGUGGUAACACCACCAUGUAUUCUACACAGUAUUACCCGAGCUACCCUCCUGCCCAGUUUAUUGCUCCCUACCAGACUGGGCAGUUGCAUCCUGAAGACAUGGAGCAGCACGUGCAGACUCUCCAGCAUCAGGAACUGGGGAAGCUCCUGCGGAUGGCAGACAACCAGGAGCUGCAGCUCAGCAACCUGCUCUCCAGAGACAAUGUCAGUAAGGACGGGCUGGAGAGGAUGGCCCUACUCAGGGCGGAGAUUUUGCUCUUGUAUGAGCGUUGCAUUCUCACAGAUAUAGAGUAUUCAGACAAUCAGAAUGUGGAACAGACAAUGUGGAAAAAUGCCUUCUAUCAAGUCAUUGAGAAGUUCCGGCAGAUGCUGAAGGAGCCUUCGUCAGAGAAUGGGGAGGAAAUCCGGGGGAAGCUUUUAAAAUUAUUGGAUGAGGGAACCAAGUUCUUUGACAGCCUUCUGCACAAGCUGCAGGUCACGUACCAGUUCAAACUGGAAGAUUACAUGGAUGGGAUGGCCAUACGUAACAAGCCACUCCGCAAAGUGGUGAAGUAUGCAUUGAUUAGUGCUCAGCGAUGCCUGAUCUGUCAGGGAGACAUUGCCCGCUACAGAGAGCAAGCCAACGACACCACAAACUACGGCAAGGCUCGCAGUUGGUACUUGAAAGCCCAACAGAUUGCACCGAAAAAUGGGCGCCCCUACAACCAACUUGCUAUUCUGGCCAUCUACACGAGGCGGAAGCUGGAUGCUGUAUACUAUUACAUGCGGAGUCUGGCUGCCAGUAAUCCAAUUCUUACAGCUCGAGAGAGUCUGAUGAGCCUCUUCGAAGAAACCAAGAGGAAGGCUGAGCAGGCCGAGUUCAAGAGGCACAAAGAAUCUGAUCAGAGCCCAAGCUCCAGAGCCAAGGGCAGAAAGCAGAUGUUCAGGCACGUUGGGGAAGAUUCCAGCAGGGUGGAGGUUUGGAUCCACACCUCACAUCCCCACUUCUCCCAGGGUAAUGAAUUGAACAGGGACGAUGCGACUUCAGAGCAGGAUGAAGAUCUCGGAAAUCUAUCUCCUAGUGAUCUGAAUAAAAGAUUUAUCCUGAAUUUUCUUCAUGCCCAAGGGAAGCUGUUCACUAAGAUAGGAAUGGAGACCUUUCCAUCAGUGUCCGCAAAUGUUCUGAAGGAAUUCCGAGUGCUGCUUCAGCAUAGUCCAUCCCCUAUUGGUAACACUCGCAUGCUGCAGCUGAUGGCUAUAAACAUGUUUGCAGUGCACCACUCUCAACUCAAAGAUUCUGGUUCGGAGAACUGCCGAUCAGUGACUCAGGAGCAUGCCACGGCACUGGGACUGGCCAUGUUUGGUUUGCUAGUGGAACGGUGCAUCGAACAGUUAAAGGAAGCGGCUAAAGCACGUUCAAGUGAGGAGGAAGAGGAAGAUGAUAUCAAAGUGUCUGCUUUCAAUCUUGACCUGAAGGAGCUGCUUCCCAGUGUGAAGGUGUGGUCUGACUGGAUGCUGGGCCACCCAGACGAAUGGAACCCACCACCGAACUCGCUCAUCCUGCCAAAAGAAAUUGCCAUCGAUGUGUGGGCCAUGCUGGCAGAAUUCUGCAACAUUUUCACAGCUGUCAACCAGUCAGAGGUACCGCUGUACAAGGACCCGGAUGAGGACCUCACCCUGCUUGUUCUGGACGAGGACAAGAUCCUCUCAGGCUUUGUUCCUCUCCUGGCUGCCCCUCAGGACCCAUGCUACGUGGAGACAGCCGCAGAUAAGGUAAUAGCGGCUGACUGCAAGAGGGUCACAGUGCUAAAGUACUUCCUGGAAGCUCUGUGCGGCCAAGAAGAACCUCUGUUGGCAUUCAAGGGUGGAAAAUAUGUGUCAAUGGCACCCAUCCCAGACAGCCUGGGAAAGGAAGAUGGAAGCCAGCAGGGAAAACAACUGGAGGAUCAGGAAGAAGAUGUCAUCAUUGAAGAAUACGAGGGACAGGACACUGAGCCUGAAGGCAGCGGAGGGGAAAAUGAUAUAAAGGAGCUGAGGGCAAAAAAGCAAGCACUGACUAAAAAAUUUGCCGAGCAGCAACGCAGACAGGAAAAGAUCCAGGCUCUAUUAGAAGAUCAGACUUUGAAGAGACAGAUCGAGAUUGAGAUAACACCUGUCUUUCUUGUGCCAGACACCAAUGGAUUUAUUGAUCACCUCCCCGGUCUGGUCAAACUGCUGGAGACCAGACUGUACAUCAUCGUGGUCCCACUUAUUGUGAUUAAUGAGUUGGAUGGUCUGGCUAAAGGCCAAGACACAGACUACCACGGUGCAAACCAUGCCAAAUUGGUGCAAGAGAGAGCCAAGAAAGCCAUUGACUUCCUGGAACAAAGGUUUGAAUCUCGGGACUCGUGCCUGAGGGCUCUAACCAGCAGAGGUAACGAGCUGGAGUCAAUUGCAUUCAGGAGCGAAGACACAACAGGACAACAGGGAAACAACGAUGACUUGAUUCUCUCCUGCUGCCUUCAUUACUGCAAGGACAAAGCCAAGGACUUCAUGCCAGCACACAAAGAUGAGCCCAUUCAUCUGCGCCGUGACGUGGUGCUGCUGACAGACGACCGCAACAUGAGGGUGAAGGCCAUAACUCGCAACGUGCCCGUCAGAGCCAUCCCUGUGUUUCUGAAGUGGGCCAAGGUGGGAUGAAGCAGCAGAGCCAGGAAAACUGCCAUUCUGUGGAUUCCAGUGAGUGUUGUCGGGAGGCCCAGGCUUGACAUGGCUACCUACUCCUCCAUUAAAAAGCUAACAUUAAGAGAUGACGAGAAUCAAUAUGCAGCAGAAGAUUGUGUGAUUCCAAGGGCACCAAAUCAAGCAAGCUGAAGAAUGCAGGUCCUGAUGAUUCGUCUCGAUGGUUCUUUAGGAGCAGCUAGUCGUGGUGGGUUAAUAGUGACAACUGAGCAUCCUGAUGCAGGUUAGUGAGAGGCAGCUGUUGCACACAUUGAAGGCAGGGACACUCCCUGAUGGGAUUGUUCCAUUGGAGCCUGGUACAUUUGUGGCAGAGACAGAGCACAUCCGCUCUGCAAUACCUACCCCUAUCCUGAUCUGUCUCGUCAGAUUGGCAGAGCAGAAAGGUGCCAGCCUCUGAUGAUUUGUUUUGCUGCUGGGUCUACCGUGUCAAUGUUUAGACAGGAGAAAUUUCACACACACAAAAAAAAAGUUUGCAAAGAGAACUUUGCGUCAGCUUGAGAACAGGGCGGUGGUGGAGGCUUAGCCUGAGAGAUUGUGUCAAGGGUCACAGCCACAUGCUACAGCCAGAGGCCACUUUUAAUUACAAGAGUGUUCCUGGCAUCAGCCUAUCAGGUUGACGUGUGUUCUUUGCAGGAUGGAGCCUAUACAAGUUGAAUUAGAGGGAUGCUUUAUCCAAGUGAGGUUUAAUAGUGUCCUUAGUGCUAGACUGGACUGUGGUGAGUCAGGUGUAGGGCAGAGAGCGUGUUGCAUAAGCAGAUCCCUAUGUGAACCAGUAUUAUACAUCUGCCCUUUCAAACACCGCUCGAUGCCCAAGACCUUUGGCAUUUGGCGAGAGAGAGAGAGAAUCUUGCCUUGCAAAAUAUCUGCUGGAGGAGGGUGGAAGGGAGUUGAGUUACACUGCAGGCCCAAUGAUUGAGAUACCUGGUGGUUUCCAAAUCCCUGCUCUGUGCCAAGCUAUCAAGUAGCUGAGCCAACUACUCAACGUUGUGAGUGUAGAGGCACAGGGCUCCCAGCUCCUUCCUCUGAUGGUUGGGAUUUAAGCCUUUUAAGGGGCAUAAGGAAUUUCAAAAGUUGCUUUAUUUUACACAUUUCAGAACUGGUUUUCAUUGUUUUAUUUUUUUAUACAUAGUCUUAAGUGGUUAGGUUUAGCUAGAGCAUAGCUAGGUGCCUGCAUUUGGUUUUAUUUCGUGUUGAAUGUGCUUCAUAGGAUAGAGGAAGCGCUUGGUUUUAGUGCAGUGAGAGUGAGUGCAAUAUAAUUUAGGUGAGUCGCGAACACUUUCGCAGGACGCGCCGCUGAGCCGUCAGUUUCCAGUAGGCUUCUGUCGGUCUUGUAACAACGCACGCACCUCUUCCCCCGUGUGAUCGACAGCCAUUACUAUGUAGCAGGAGGUUUAACCGCUAAUUAGUAUUCAUUUAACUACCAGUCCAAUAAAAAUGGAGAUUAAAAGCCACGUCUGUAACGUUUUAAUUGAUAUUUGGUGUUUUAUAGAAACCAGUUUCACGGUGAAAAGUUUUGGUUUUGCUGAUUUACAAAAAUACAAUUAUAGAAACAUUAUCCCAUCGAAGCAUUUUAUACAGACUGAUUUAAAAUAAACACAGUACAAAUACAUGCAAUAAAUACAUUCAUUUUAAUGCAAAAAACAUUUAUAAAAAUACUGUUUUGUAUUGCAACGUUGUGAAUUAAUUGUAUUUUGGCUUUUUUAAUUUUGUUUUCUUAAAAAAUAUAUUUGGGUCGGUGUCUG